AGACAGCUUAAUGCACUUUCAUUAAACAAUAACAUUGUACUUGUUUGUAUCAAAGUAUUGGCAUUAAUUGUAAAAAUCUAAAAUUCUCAAAAAUAAUUGAACAGUCCGCCUUUGUAAAAUUAUUAUUUUCAAACCAGUUUUAAAUCUAGUUAUUAUAAAUAACCAUUGACCAUGUCAAUUUUAAACUCUGUGCUAGGAAAUAUUUAAUCUAAAAACUGAUUCAUACUUUCAGAAAAAUGAUUUUUUAGUCUAAAAUGUCUUCCAUAAACGUGCCAUACAGUAAACUUAUUGCUCAAUUUCUCCUGCUCAGUCUUCAUAACUUUCCAUCCUGCCAGCCUCUAGAUACAGAUAUAGGUAUCAGAUUCACAAGGGAACCUGAGUCUAGAGUUGUUCCUCCAGGGGACAGGGUUUUCUUCAACUGUAGAACCAAUACAGGUCAAGAUGAAGAAAUCUAUUGGUUGCACAACGGUCAUCAGCUGGAUCCUUCCAAGCGGUCAGAUGUGAGGAUAUCCAACGGUCAACUCUCUAUUAAAAUACGUACGGCCAAGAGACACAG